AUGGGGUCUUCUGUAGAUUGUCGUGAUGACUCAAAUCCUGUGACUUGUUCUUUUGCUAAGGAUAUUGAGUCUUAUGCUCUUUAUCAGGAUACAAAUAAUACAAUCCAAAACUCUGUGGAGCCUCUACCAUUACUCAGCUGCUUGCUUCGGCCGGCCACACCCACACUAGCAGUAGAUGAAAAUCAUGAGACGGCCGGCAAUGAAGACGGGAAAAACGUCACCGUAGCAUUACACUUACACAUUGGGCUGCCUAAUAGUUCGAAUUGCUCCACGUACACGAAACAAAACGAUAUGAUGAGAGACAAAAAUGCUGUGGAUACCCAGUAUUGGAUACCGACUCCUGCACAGAUACUCAUGGGCUACACCUAUUUUUCGUGUCACCUCUGCAAGAAAACCUUCAACCGCUACAACAACCUUCAGAUGCACAUGUGGGGACAUGGGUCGCAGUAUCGUAAAGGAGCAGAGUCACUGAGGGGAGCUUAUCAGCCCAGAGGCAGAGGCAGCAUGUUGAGUAUCCCUUGCUACUGCUGUGCAGAGGGAUGCAAAAAUAACAUAAGUUACCCAAAGGGAAAGCCCCUCAAAGGCUUCAGAACGUUGCAAACCCACUAUAAGAGGAAGCACGGGAUGAAACCCUUUAUGUGUCGCAAGUGUGGCAAAUCCUUGGCUGUCAAAGGUGACUGGAGAACCCAUGAGAAGAAUUGUGGCAAGCUUUGGCUUUGUGUUUGUGGUUCUGAUUUUAAACACAAGAGGUCGCUCAAGGAUCACAUCAGAGCAUUUGGCUCCGGUCAUGAGCCUUUUCCUACUUCAUCAAUUGGUGAUGCUCUGUUGAAUAAAACCUUUACCCGUACUUGAUCAUUGAUUUCAAUUAAAUAAUGAUAUGAGGUUUCUCUAGCUAGUAAUUAAUCUACUACUUAGACUCAUUAGCUAGCUAUAUUCUAGUAAGGCAGACCUAUUCUAGCCGCGA